CUUUCCACUAUUCAUAUUCAGUUCCAUAUAUAUAUAUGAUUUUAUCCACAAUGGAUCUACGAAAAAUUGGAAAAAUUCCAGUAAAUGACAAAUCGAAUGGAAGUAUGUGUAGAACUGAUCAAAAUAGGAAUGCCCGUUUGGUUUGAUUUACUGUUGCAGAUGAAUUAUGCAACUGACUUCUUAGAAUUUAGGUAUUUGGGAAAUGGAAACAUUAGUUAAGAGAAAGAAAAAAAAAAAGGAACUGUGUUUUUUUGUUUUUUAUUUUCCACCUGAUGUUUGGUACCUGUAUUGGAGGUGAUUAAAUCCGAUUUCAUGUUGAAUGCCCUCAUUGUUUACUGGAAAAAUCAUCAUUUUGGUUAACAGUACAAUUUAUUGCUUUCGGCCAAAUCUCCAAGGGAGUAAACGAAUACAAGUGUUAACAUUGCUCAAAAGAAUAGAAAAAUACAAGCAGAGCCUUCUCCUAUUGAAAUUCUAAGAAAAGAAGAUAAGAAGGCAUUUGGGGUGACUUCUGGGAUUUACUGUAUGCAUUCUCUUCCUUUGAGAAGACCCUUUUAUAGGACAAAAUAAUUGAAUUGUCGCUUCUGUGUGAAAUGGCUACUCGCUUAGCACUGAAAAGGCUACUUUAGUAGCAUGUGAGUGAGCUCUGACAUUGGGCUCGAGACUGAUUGAGGACAAGUUGGCACUAGAUUCAAGAAUGAUUGUUGAAUUAUCUAAGGAUCAUUAUGACGGUGUUCCAGUUAUAGUGUGGUUCCUCCCCGGGAGGGGGUACGAAGCAGCCUUGGCUGUCCUGAGGUGGUGCAAGGCAUUGAGGGAGCUAUUGGUUUCAACAAGGCAGCGUCAAGAUUGUAUGCAACCAUUGAUCUUGGAAAAGCCAGAGUUGGCAGAACCAGAUUACUGGAUGAUCACAAAAAUCCACGGUGGUACGAAUCAUUCCACAUUUACUGUGCCCAUAUGGCUGCCAAUGUCAUAAUCACCGUCAAAUUUGAUAAUCCAAUUGGAGCAGAAGUCAUUGGAAGAGCUUACUUUCCAGUUCAACAACUUCUAGAUGGAGAAGAAGUCGAUGAAUGGCUUGAAAUCCUCAAUACAGAACAAAAACCCGUGCAUGGACACUCUAAAAUCCAUGUGAAGUUGCAGUAUUUUGAUGUCACAAGGGAAUAUAAUUGGAAUAGAGGUAUAAAAGUCACAAGAUUUCCUGGAGUUCCUUACACAUUCUUUCGUCAAAGACAAGGAUGCAGGGUCACCCUUUACCAAGAUUGUCAUGUUCCUGAUAAUUUCAUCCCCAAAAUUCCACUUUCUGAUGGCAAGUUUUAUAAGCCACAACGAUGUUGGGAAGACAUUUUUGAUGCAAUCACUAAUGCAAAGCAUUUGAUUUAUAUAACUGGAUGGUCUAUUUAUACCGAGAUCACUUUGAUAAGGGACAGGAGGAGGCCUAAGCCUGGUGGAGACAUAUCGCUCGGAGAGUUGCUUAAGAGAAAAGCUAAUGAAGGUGUGAGAGUUCUAAUGUUGGUCUGGGAUGACAGGACAUCGAUUCCUGUGUUACAACAAGAUGGGCUAAUGGCUACUCAUGAUGAAGAAACUGCUAAUUAUUUUCGAGGCACUCAAGUAAAUUGUGUGUUGUGUCCUCGAAAUCCUGAUGAUGGACGGAGCAUUAUUCAAAAUAUAGAGAUUGGGACAAUGUUUACUCAUCAUCAAAAGAUUGUUAUUGUUGAUGGAGAAUUGCCUAAUGGAGACAGGGAGAGGAGGAGAAUUGUGAGUUAUAUUGGUGGGCUUGAUCUUUGUGAUGGUAGAUUUGAUACACAAUUUCACUCCCUUUUCAGGACUUUGAACACAACACAUCAUGAUGAUUUUCACCAACCAAAUUUCACCGGUACCUCAAUUCAAAAAGGCGGACCAAGAGAGCCUUGGCACGAUAUCCAUUGCCGAAUAGAAGGGCCAGCUGCUUGGGAUGUCCUUUACAAUUUUGAACAGAGAUGGAGGAAGCAAGGUGUAAGGGACUUGCCUAUAGACCUAAGGGAUAUCGAUAAUAUAAUCAUACCACCUUCACCUGUUAUGUAUCCUGAUGAUCAUGACACAUGGAAUGUUCAAGUUUUUCGAUCCAUUGAUGGGGGAGCAGCUUUUGGCUUCCCCAGUGCUCCCGAAGAGGCAGCCAAGUCUGGUCUUAUAAGUGGAAAGGAAAACAUCAUUGAUCGAAGCAUACAGGAUGCAUAUAUUAAUGCCAUUCGUCGAGCAAAGCAUUUCAUUUACAUCGAAAAUCAGUACUUUUUAGGCAGCUGCUUUUCAUGGUACUCCAAUGAUAUCAAGGAUGAAGCCAUUAAUUCUCUACAGUUGAUCCCAAAGGAGCUGUCUUUGAAGAUAGUCAGCAAAAUUGAAGCAGGGGAAAGGUUUAUGGUUUAUGUUGUGGUUCCAAUGUGGCCAGAAGGCCUUCCUGAAAGUGCAUCUGUACAAGUAAUACUGGAUUGGCAAAGGAGGACCAUGCAAAUGAUGUAUACCGAUAUAAUUCAAGCUCUUAAAGUAAAGGGAAUUAUGGCAAAUCCUAAGGAAUAUUUGAGUUUCUUUUGCCUUGGCAAUAGGGAAACAAAGAAGAGAGGAGAAUACGAGCCUUCUGAAACACCAGAACCUAAUUCCGGCUAUCAUAAAGCUCAAGAAGCCAGACGUUUCAUGAUUUAUGUACAUUCCAAAAUGAUGAUAGUGGAUGAUGAAUACAUUAUCAUUGGUUCAGCUAACAUCAAUCAAAGGUCAAUGGAUGGUGCAAGAGACUCAGAGAUAGCAAUGGGAGCCUACCAACCAUUUCAUCUAUGUGUGAAGGAGCCAGCUAGGGGUCAGGUUCAUGGGUUUCGUAUGGCAUUGUGGUACGAGCACUUAGGCAUGUUAGACAACAGGUUCCUUCAACCAGAGAGCGUAGAAUGCAUCCGAAAGGUGAACAAAAUUGGUGACAAAUAUUGGGAUAUGUAUUCAAGUGGAAACCUCAUUCAUGAUUUGCCUGGACACCUUCUUACUUACCCUAUUGGUAUUACUGAAAAUGGAGAGAUCACUGAACUACCUGGAGUAGAAUGUUUUCCUGACACCAAGGCACCUGUUCUUGGUACCAAAUCUAAUUAUCUCCCUCCCAUUCUCACAACCUAAAUCUCCAACUUUUAAUUUGUUCCAUUCAUUCUCUAGACCUGUAUUUAUGAUUAAGGUGUACAUGUUAAUAAGGUUUCUUAUUAAGGAAUGAAAGGUUAAUAUCACCCUAGGACAUUCACUACUAAAUGUUCAGCAGCUAUUCUCAAUAUUUCAAUGGAAAUGGAGUGGGAGAAUCAUGUUUCAUGACA